ACACAUGCAGUAUAUACACACACACACACACACACACACACACACACUGAGGUUAAUGAGCAGAGGGCAGGUGUGUUUGAGGCAUUCUCUGGUCUUAAUGAACACCGAUGGCACCUCAGGUCCCUGUGGUCACCCACGCAUCACUGCUGUUGUAGUGCCAUUAGGGACGUGUGUGCCUGUGUGUUCAUGCAAGCAUGUUUCUAUGAGUGUGUCUGCCGGUACACUCUACAAAACAACCUGACAUACCAUCCAUCAUCCAUUUCCCCCCGUUGCUCUGCUGUUAAAUUUCCAUAAGCUGGUCAUGUCAGGUAGGGCAGGGUGGAUUUGCAUGGCCUGUGCUGUCUAAUGAACAGGCCUUUGGGAGCCAGAGGAAACUGUGGGACUCUAGGAAGAAACUACUGAGCCACCCACUGUUCCUACUAAAUGCCCAAAUUCAGUAGCCAGUCAGCAUUUUCACACAACAAUAUUGCCACCCCUUUUCAUUAAAGCAUGUCCUUUUCCUACUUCUUACCUUUUUCUUUGAUGAGCAGCACCAUGGUGUUAUCUACCAAAGAGGCAGGUAAAUUAAGAGUCACUUACUAGAGCCAAAUUUCAGCCCAAGAGAAAUUAGACAGUGACAUUUUUUUGUUUUUAUGCUGUACUCCAUUACACUAAGCUUAAAACAGUCAUAAUGAGGUUAUAGUAUAAAAUAUAAGCUUUGAGUAUAUGAAUUAAUGCCAGAUUCCUUUCAAAAUUGCAUUUGAAUAUCAAGUACUUAAAAGAUUAGCAUUUGAAUGCAUACAAAUCUUAUGUAAUGAAUCAAGCAAACUAAUCAAGGAUGAUUGUGAGGAGGCAAUAUCAUAGUUUUAAUCAUAAAUAUACCCCCAGUAAUGGUUUUGUUGUUGAUAUUCAGCUACAGGCAUGGUAGUGCAGCGGGUAGCACUGCUGCUCCACAGCUCCAUGGUCCCUGGUUUAAUCCAUAUUCUGUGUCAGUGACCCACCCUGUGUCAGUGUGGGUUUCCUCUGGGUUCUUCAGUUUCCUCUCACUUUCUAUAAAACAUGCUGGUAAGUGGAUUGGCUAUACUAAAUUGCCCCGAGUUGUGAUAGAAUGUGUGUGUGCAUGGUGCCCUGUGAUGGACUAGUGUCCCAGGGAUGUGGAUCCACUGCAACCCUGACCCGGAUAAAGCAUUUCCUGGAGAAGAACGAAGGAAUGGAUUAAUGAUAUUUAGCUAGAUUUCCACUUAUAAUUCUGCAGUCUGACUUCUUAUACUGUAUAUGCUCACUACACAGAGUAUAACAUAAUGGCAUUGUUGGACGCAUGUUGUGGACAAUAAAAAAAGAAAACAUGAUUCUGAGAAUGACUGUUAGAAAUGUUUAACUAAUUACAUGUAAUAUAUUUUGAAAGAGAUAAAUUAAAAACGUGAAUACACAGUAUGUUUAUUUAGACCCCUUUUUUGGGCCAUCAAGUGACUCAAGGGUAGUUCAGCCCGGAAAGAUUAGCAAUCAUGACUAAGCCACUAAAACUAGAACAUAUGAGAUCUUAAUUAUGAAAUUAUUCUGAAAAUCUGAAUUCUUCUCAAACUGAUUUUUUUUCUUGUAUAUAUGUCUGCCUUAUAGGAACUACAGCUAAUUUUCUUUUACUCCAUUCUUGAACAUCUGUGUUAGUUCAUGCACAAGGGAGAAAGCAGAGUUCAUUCUAAAUGUGGCCUUUACGUCUUUUGUCUCGCAGCACAAAGAUUAAGAAUGUGUCAAUGGCGGUGAAACAAAAGGAAACUGAGGCACAAAACUGAUUAAAUCAAUUAGAGACAGUCAAAGAUGUGAAAUGUGUCAAAAUCAAUGGUUACAUUUUUAACUUUCAGUCAUGAAGAAAAACUGAUGAACAGAUUGCGAUAACUACUGAGGAAGUGGGCAUAGAUGUAUUAAGGAGAACUCUAGCAUGACCUUAAAGUCUGUAAACCUCAAAAAAAAUUAAUUAAAAACCUUUAAAAAAAAAAGUAAGUUGUCAGAAAAUUGCAGGAAUAGUAUUAUAUUCCAGGUGAAUUAUGGUUUCCUUAGGGAUUUUGUAUAAAAAUCCAUGAUUCACUCAUUAAUAGAAGCAAAUAUCUCAGAAUUAAAGCUCACAGCUUGGCAUGUCACCUGAUUGUUAAAGUGCAGAAUGUGAGUGUUAGAUAAGAGUCAGUAUUUCGUUCCAAAAUCAUCAUUCAAAAAUACACAAAUCAUUGUGUCUUGUUGCUUACAGACAGCACCAUAUAUGAACAGAGUUAUCAUUAUAUCCCUGCAGUUUGUGUUUGUGUGUUAUUGUAUUACCUGGUAAUGCUCUGCCUGUGUUCAUAGAAUAGAGAUAGCAUCUGAACAGGUCACAGGCACCAGUGCUGCAAGAUCAGAGAUUAAGGCUGUCUGUCUGACACCAUCACUCAUCAUCAUCAUCUCAGUAUGAGUGUGGGUGUAUGAAAGAGAGAACGAGGUGUUUAGUUAACAUUCCUAACUAUCUAUUAAACCUGGGGUGUUUUGUUGUGUUUUUUUUCCACAUGCAGUCAUUUCCUCUCUCUCUCUCUCUCUCUCAGUUUUAAACUAUGCAUUUACAGUGACCUUUUAAGAUUACUACCUGUCACACUGAAAUGAUCCCAAUAAAAUAUUGGCCGAAUUCUAUAACAGUUUCUGUGAUAAGAUCGUCUUCAUGUCAGAUUAUACGAUGAAAGACUUUUAAAGACAGACCUGCAAUUAAGGAAAAUUACUGUGUUCUCUAUGAUACGUCAUCAAUCAUUGGCAAUCCAGGCAUAAACAGCAACAUUCUUCAAAAUGAGCCUGAGGUAAUAAGGAUGUUUUUUGACAUGAGUAGUCGCACUCUGAGAUUUUAAUUCAAACAAAUGCCAGAACUUUAGCGUCUGUUGUCUUUGGCUGCAAUGGCACUAAAUCGGUGAGCAUGUCACAUUAUGCAUUUUAAGACCACAGAUCUAAAUUCUUUCAAGAUGUGCAAUUUUUGAGUGUCACAGCAAAAUUGGGCCGAAGUUGUACAGUGUAAAUCUGGCUUAACUGUUCAUGUCUUUAGCCGGACAUAUCCAUGUACCUAAAUUCAUAAAACUGACUUUAUAGCUACUGGAGUGUUAUAGUGCCCUUCUUGCUACAUGUCUAUAAUCUAAGGUGACUAAUCUGUCAGACAGCAGACUGAGCACACACACUCGUAGGAAGGCCGUAUGACUUCAUAUUUAUAAAUAAAGGCAAAAAAAGAAGGUGAUUAGUGUAGGCAAUAGCUUGUCUAAGUGUGAUGUGAUGUAAUUGCAAGGUUGAAAAAUGCUUUUUCCUUCUGUUGCUCAUAAAUUACAUCAUUCAUCUACAACAACUCUGCACACCUCUGCUGCUUGUUUCUCUCUCUCUAUCUCUCUGUGUAUAGUGAAACUUGUUUGAAGGGGUCAGGAUGUGAUCUUUGAUUAUAGAAGGUCUGAAAAGGUGGUCACAGUGCAGAGGGAGGAGCCACAGAAGAGGGUGUGACCCAAAACACAAGGGGAGAGGAGGCAUUACACAAGGAGUUAGAGAGGAGGGUGUGGCCUAAAGCACUUGGGGGAAGUGGUCAGGUAAUGGGGAGGAGAUGUUACAGAGAAGAAGGUGUGGUCCAGGGUAAUAGGGUGGAGACAGUGAGAAGUGUGUGGCCUGUAAUAAUAGAGUGGAAUGAUAGAGGAGGCCGUUGUCUGUGGAAAUAAGGAAGUGUCUAAAGGUGUGGCAUGUGGUACUAAGGAGGAUACAGAAGGGCGUGGCUUGUCACUAUACGGCAGUUACCAGACUAUGAGAGGAAAAAAAAGAAAAUGAGGAAGUGAAAUAGAGGGCAGGCCAUGUGACUUCAGAGCAGCUGUUAGAUUGAGAGACAGAGUGAGACAGGAGGAGUAUGUGUGUGUGUGUUUGGCUGCAGGGAGUAAGCGAGUGUGAGGUGCUGUGCUGCUGGGAUGAGAGAGAAGAUCAAGCAUGAGCCAUGAGCCAAAGUCGCCAUCGUUAGGAAUGAUCUCCACGGCAACACGCACCACGGCGACCGUCAGCCCUCUUACCCCCUCCCCCAUCAGCGGCACGGUUCUGGCCAAUGGGAAUACUGCUUCCCAGUCCUCUCACUCCGGAUUUGCUGCUGCUCUCCGCAAACUGGCCAAGCAGGCGGAGGAACCCAGAGGCCCUACCUCUAUCAGCGGUGAAUCAUCUCCUGUUUCCUCUCCAGCCACCAAUCACAGCUCUCCGGUGGGCACGCCAAAGCGGGGUCCACUAGUGUCUGGGCCGGGUCUUGGGGCUCCUUCUGCCGCCCAUGGUGUAUCGAGCACGCCGCCUGUGGUCACCAUUGCUCCUACAAAAACAGUCAAUGGCAUGUGGAGGAGUGAAGGGAGACAGGCUGAGGCUGCAUUGAGAGGGUCUGCUCGCGAGCGGCUGCCCUCUGACCCUCCUCCUCCUCCGACUCAAGAGAAGAGUGUCUCCUCUCUUCCACCUCACCUCAUGGGGGCGCCUUAUCCUUUUGGCCUGAGCCCCAGUGCAGUAAUGCAGGAUCCUCGUCUACAAGCCCUUAAUUUAUCACGUCAGAUGAAUCAUGUUCUGCAGUCGGGGGCUGUACCAGUUGGUGCAGUGCCUUUGGGGGCGGUGCCAGAGGAAUACCUGCGCAGUGGGUUCCGCCCUUAUGGUUCUGCUGAGGACUUGAGAUUAUCUUCCCUCCCAUUAGGGCUGGACCCUGGGUUCUUUCGCUCGGGAUAUCUGGCCUACCCUUCCCUAUCAUCAUACAGAAUGGAUGAGUCCCUCUGUUUAUCUGCCCUGCGCUCGCCCUACUACCAGCUGCCAGCGGGGGGAGCCGUGCCCUCCCUGCAUCCCAGCACUGCUCACCUCCACCUGCCAGGGGUGCGCUACCCUGCAGAGCUCAGUCAUCAGUCUCUGACAGCCCUGCAGAGCGAGAGGCUGCAGAUGGAGGACAAGCUUCGCCAGCGCGAGAGAGAGCGGGAGCGAGAGAAGGAGAGAGCUCACGAGGCAGAGAGAGAGAGAGAGAGAGAGCGAGAACGGGAGCGGGAGCGAGAGCGAGAGCGUGUGCGAGAAAGGGAAAGGGAGGAGGAAAGAGAGAGAGAGCUGGAGCGACAGAAAGAGAGGGCAAAAGAGAGGGAAGUUCAGGCGGUCCGGGCCAUGGAGAAGCACGUCCUGAGCCAGGAGCUACACACACACUCUCACACACUCUCUCACAGGCAGCAUAUAGAAGACAGAGCCAAGCUUACACCAAACCGAGCAGAGAAAACCAAAGAGGCCACACUCCUGGCCCCAAAGCCUCUGCAGCCUGGCUUGUAUUCCUCUCCGGGUGGCUCAGCUCCACUCCCAAUGCCCAGCCUGGUGCCCACCCCUGGUGAGCGGUUAGGUCCGGGUGCUGUGCUGCUCCAGCGCCAGGCAGAGGAGGAGAGAUGGCUGGCACGCCAGAGAAGGCUGAGAGUGGACACAGUAGACAGGCAGGGCCUGGCGUCUGAGUGUUCACAACACAGCACAGAACCGGAGACACACGAACCACAGACAGAGACACAGAGGCCUAAAUCACACCACCAGGACUUGAAUACCAGAGAGCUACCUCACCACCUGGGAGCGCCACCUCCUCUUAUCUCCCCCAAACCCACCCCUCCUAACCCUCCCACCACUCUCUGGAAUCCUGUGUCCCUCAUAAACUCUCCCUCACACACACGAAGAGCGUAUGACCCUCCCUUCCCCCCAAGUCGUCCACCUCCAGGAUUGACUAAACCUGAGUGCUCAGACAGGGGCCUUCCUCCAAGGACACCUGGCCUCCUCGAGCCCAGCACCUUUCUUACAGAGCAGGAGAAGUCAAGCCAGAGCAUUCUGAACAAGCAGAAGCUCUCUUUUCCCCUGUCUGCUCCCUUUGGAGAGCUCAGGGGCACUAAAAGAGCAGGGUCCCCCAUCAGAAGCUUCCCUCAGUGUCCCAGGCGAGAACCAACAGUGGUGUAUGAUCACACACUGCAGCAACACAGAACUCUCCUGAGCAAACUCGACCUGGAGGAGAAGAGACGCAGGGAAGCCAGAGAAAAGGGUUAUUACUAUGAGAUGGAUGACUCUUAUGAUGAGAGUGAUGAAGAAGAAGUAAGAGCUCAUCUGAGGAGAGUGACUGAACAACCUCCUCUCAAACUGGACCAGUCUAAAGAGAAACUGGACUUCUUGGCUGUGUUUGGACUGACCACAUUGUCCCAGCGGGACGAGCUGUUGGAGAGAAAGAGGAAGAAGAGGAGAAGGAUGAUGAAGGAGCGCAGCCCGUCUCCAGUACCUGCUCAGAGUAAACGUCAGACUCCAUCCACACCCACGCCCACCCUGUCUACCCGAUACACGCCCGAGGAGAUGGACAGGGCACCUGAACUAGAGAACAAAAAACAUUUCCUCAACAUGUUCAACCUCAACCAUGUCAGCCAAGAGCAAAGGAUAGAGAACGAGAAAGUAGUGAAUCUGCUUGAUGCCAUCAAAAAGAAAACUGUCACUCUUGACACACUCCGAUAUGCUACAUACACACCCUGCUCCAGCCCUCCCACUACUGCCUCUGAUCCUAGGGCACACUCCACACCCUGCCAAAUAAACGGAGAAUCCCACCCAAAUUCCCGUAGCCCCACUCCUCCUGGACCUACCAGACACCUUCACAGUGCCAGCCAGCCCGACCUUCACAGACCUUCAAAGCCCAAUGACGUAUUACGCCCUAAAGAGCCCCCUCCACUCGCCCCCUUGCAGGAUCAGUCUCGUUUAGGAGAAGCCCAGCCAAUCAGCAGAGUACCAAGCCUGCAAAACAGCUCCAGACCUCCACUCAUACAGCUAAAGGAGCGGCCUCAUGGGCUCAACGGACUGAGUGACCACAGCAGGUCCCGACCCUGGGAGAGCCUCAGUGCUGAGGAGUUUGCUCAACACUUCCACCAGUCUGUACUGCAGUCUACACACAAAUCCCAGCACAAACCCAAAGGAGGUGUCCCAGGAGCCCCUGAGCCAAACCACAAGCUCAAUAACGCUGUGCGUUACAACCCUCCAGAGCACCAGGGGGCACUGAACCGACUACCUUACUCUCACACCAAUGGCCACUCAUGCCACAGGGCAGCCCACCAUGAGUCAAGGCUGAGCGAUGAGCAAUCUGCUGAAGAAGACUCCACUGAGGAAGAAGAGGAGGAUGAUGAUGAGGAAGAGGAGUGCAGUCCCAAAUGGAAGGGUAUUGAGGCCAUAGUGGAAGCAUAUCAGGAGUAUGUAGAUGAGAGGGAUAUAGAGAGUGAGGUUCUGCAAAGUGAGUGUAGGAGAAUGGAGGCCCAGCACUAUCACCUGAGUGUGACAGCUGAUCAGCUCUCUGUCAGUAUGGGGGAGCUGUUGGCGCAGAGGCAGCGGCUGGCGCUUGACAGGGAGCGAAUGCAGGCUGAACUCGAGCACUUCAGGAAGUGUCUGGCGUUGCCUGCUCUGCUCUUACACAGGGGUCACUAUAAGGGGCCGCCCCCGAGGUGAUCCCUCUCCCCCUGCCCACUCGCGAGUAGGGAUCUGGGCAACCAGCACCCAGUUCCUCACCUGAGACUGAGAGCCCAGAGCUGCACUGAAGGCUGAGGGUGAGGAGGAGAACAGGAUGAAGAUUAAGCUGAGCUCACUGCACAGCAGGAGGAUUGCCUGCAGUCAUACAAGCUUGUGCACUGGUUUAAAAACAUAAAGAGGGACGGUCAGUACCAGUGAAACAGGGGCUGGCACUGGGAAGCCCAUCCUCAUCUCCAGCUUUAGAUUCCUGUGUGCUAGAAAUUACAAAUAGCAAAUCUUACAACCAAAAAAAAUCACCUAGCUGCUGUAAAACUGGAGAGUGAGGAAGACUGAUGGAGCAUAUGCUGAAGACUCACAUGCUUGAGCUCACGUCCUUCUUCCACGUCACUCGGCCUGCACUUCAACGUGAACUGUUAUUAACACUGUGGCAUAUGAUAAGUGGGACAUUCAGAACGUUUCUUACUGAUAGAAGCAGCUUUGAAAUUUAAACAUCAUUGCUUUAAAAGUGAACAAAAAUAUUGCUAAAAAACAGUAAUAGUUUAAUAAUUUUUGUACUAUUAAUAAAUCAAACUGUUUACUUUGGAUUUCAAUAUUAUUCCAAGGCUGGGGAUUUGAAACUGAGAACCUGGCUGGAUGAGGAGGAAUGAAAGAAAGGAGGACAGAAUGAACAGAAAGACAGAAAAGAAAAACAAAUGAAGGAAAUAUGUAAAUAAAGAAGGAAGGAGACAGGGAAAGACAAACAGACAUGUGAUGUGAGCGCAGUGCUAAUGCACAAUGUCCCGCCAUCAGUAAAGCUCUGUCUCUGUCUAAUGCAGGGAUAUUUAUUCCCCUGAGCAGCCAGUGGCCCACGAGCUGUAAUCUGAACUCCUCCCUCCUCCCUCAUGCAGCUAUUUUUGCUCUUCCCUUGGAGCCACAAUCUGACCUGUGAAGUGCCACAGUAUUUUGUACUAAUCAUUGCUGUACACAAGCACUUACUGACAUGCUGCAUGAGCGUUACUGAACUGCACAGCAGUGUACUAACUGCAGUGAAAUGUUUACACACUGUGUGUUCUCGCCACAGAGAAGCAUUCCUGUUCCCAUCAUGGACGAGGCACAAAAAGGCAACUAGGCACCAGUGAUAUGUACUGAUGUAAUUCUUUAUAAUGAAGUCUGUAAUAAACAGGACACCAGUUUUUAAAUCUUGUUAAAACUAGGAAGAAAGCAGAGCUACAUAUUAUUAAGAUGAUGAUGUAAGAUACCCUGAUAUUUUAAUGCUGUGAAAAGUUUUAAUUGUACCUUUUUUAUCUGGAUGAAGUGUGAGGUAAUAUAUUAUUUGGUGAAUGUAGUAAUAGUUAUUUAUGAACCUAUUAAAUCUGAAAGAGAAAAAAAAGACAUGAUGUUGAAUUAUUUCUACAAGCAUCCA